UCAGUAAAUUAUUCCAUAAAGUUAAGUUCAAACGGCACUAAGUUGCAUCAACUAUCAUUUUUUCUAUUCAUGUGCCUGUGUCGUAUCUAUGAACCUCCACCAAGUAGAUUGAAAUUGCAGAUUGAGACUGCAGUUCAGUCGUACGGGGAUCGUAACCCAGUAUUUGUCGCAAUUUCCACUCGAGUAUUUGAAAGCAUGUGUGGGUCAUUGUUCAACGUAUGCAGGGGAAUCAGUCGCGCUCGGGGCGUCAUACUACGCAAUCCAUCGACGGUCGUCCUCCCAUCGAGACCUCACAAGUUUUGCGUGACAGAUAAGAUGAUGGAGGGCGACGAAGUAGAUGAUCCACAUUUCCGUCAUUUAUUCGAUGGAAAUACAGCCUUCAAUGUUUAUAAAAAAGACAUUGUCAACUUGUCAGUGGGAGCGCCGGGACCUGACCUACUCAAGAAUUGCGGGAAAAUGAUGCUGAAGGCGACUGAACAUCGAACGGCAGAGGAAGAGAAAGAGGGAAUGCAUUAUCUCUACCAGUACGGACUGACCGCAGGCCUGUGGGAAUGCCGAGAAGAGCUGUCAAAAUUUCUAACUCGACGUUAUCAAGACUCACCCGUUAAAAGAGAGAACCUAGUGUUGACUUGUGGCGCGACUCACGGAUUGCAGUUAUUAUUGACAACAAUCUUAUCACCGAAUGGAGUUAUAUUCGUGGAAGAAGUUACUUAUAUGAUCGCUCUAGACGCCUUCAGACAGUUUCCUCUCAUAAGAAUCGUUACAAUCCCUAUGAAGGAGAAAACGGUUGAUCUCGAGGCUUUCGAUAGAAUCGUUGAGGAGGAGAAAGGGAGGAAUAAUUAUUACUUGAGCGAUCAGAAAAUUUUUUGGGGAAUAUUUUACACUAUUCCAACGUAUCAUAAUCCCACUGGGAUGGUUCUACCACGAGAUAAAUGUAAAAUGCUAGUUGAAAUAGCUAGAAAACAUUCAAUAGCAGUUGCCUGUGACGACGUUUACAAUCUUCUUCACUACAAAGAGGGCCCCCCACCUAGAAGAUUAUUGGCACAUGAUUCCCCAGAGGAUUCAGAUUACAAAGGAGGCAAUGUGAUAUCGAAUGGAUCAUUUUCGAAGAUUCUGUCACCAGCUAUUCGACUUGGGUGGAUCGAAGGACCUCCACGAGUCAUCAAAAUUUUACGAACUUCAGGAGUUCUGCAAAGUGGAGGAGCACUUAAUCAUUAUGUCUCUGGAGUCAUUACUAGUCUUCUUGAGCUUAAAUAUGCAGAUGAGCAUGUGGAUUUACUUCAAAGGACAUAUGCAGAACGUUUAGCAGCAGUUUGUGACACGUUUGAUCGUUAUCUUCCUCGAUGCUGCAGUUAUGAUAAGCCAGAGGGGGGAUAUUUCGUCUGGAUUACACUUCCACCAGAAUGCGAUGCAUCUGAAUUCAUGAAAUGGUGCAGCGAAAAGUACAAAGUAACUGCAAUACCAGGUUCAAGAUUCUCCAACACUGGAGAGGCUAAAAAUUUCCUGAGACUGAGUUUUUCAUUCCAUCCAGUGGAAACUCUGAGAGAUGCAGCUCAGAAGUUGUGCGAGGGGAUGCUGGACUACGUGAGGAACCACAUGAAGAAGCCCUAGUUCUCCACCGCCUUAUAUUUUUGGAAUAAAAAAAAACUGUACAAACCAGAGUAUUAA